UAUGAGCCUUCCUUUGGAUUUUUGAGCAAAGUUCCCCUUCAAUGUUUUGUUUCCAGUGCACCAAACGUGGUAACCCGUCCACCUACGACGCCGUCCACUACAGCCAACAAUCAACGACCGACGAGUCUUUUGGCGAAUUUUGUCGGCCGUGAACUCGAAAAUGGUGGUGUUGGUCGUUAUGUGGACGUCAACGACAACGAGAUUCAGCUCGAAGCGGCGAGCGCCUCCACGUCUCAGGACCGCUGGAGAGCCGCCCGACCGGCGGCGUCGUCAGCACCGACGAGCGGUGGCAGUUUCGUCCGCACGUCGGCGCCGACGAAACCACGACGAACGUUCGCCGAUUUGCACAAGUCAAUCGCACCCGAGCUGCGAUUUCUCGCUCUUCCGCAUCAGAUUCCAACAUUAUGUGAGUCGUCGACGAUGUCCUUAAGUGAUGUGAUGCUGAAAGUUCAACGUGAGGGCAUGCCUCCAUUGACGUCCGACCUAGAUUUACCACUGCCAUCGUUGCUUCAGGCAAGUUCCAGAUAUUCCGGCCUUGGUUGCAGUGGACCAGCACAUAUUGAGGACUGGGCCUCGCUUUCGAUUCUGCUUCCCAAGUGA